AUGUUCCGCCUGUGCUAUGCGCUAUUGGCCCUGCUUUGCCAUUGCGAGCCCGUAUCUGACAGCUGCGGAACAGAGGCAUGUGCUGCGAGCAAGGCAAAGGACUUUUGGGCAAAGAUCAAAAGUGAAGGUCUGCAGCUCAAUAUCCGUCCAAAAGUGUUCGAGGAGAAAAGCUUUGGCGGUUUGCCGGCCAGAAAUCGCACUGCCAUGGUCUUGUCUGAUGAUGUUUUCUAUGGCCGGGCCAUCAUGAAGAUACCUCGGCAGGCCCUGCUGACCUAUGAGACUGGAAGAAAACCAAAGCUCAAAGAUCAGCUGACACGUUUUUUAUUUGAGGAGAAGAAGCUCCAGAAAAGCUUCAACAUCACCAGCGAAGAUUACAUUCACUUGCUCAGCCUAGCCUACACGCUGAUUGCUGAGAGGAGAGAUUCAGAUUCCGUUUUUGUGGACUGGUUGAAGGCCACCGAAAACGCCACCGUCUUCGCGCUGCAGCUGACGCAUCGGCAGCAGAGGGUGCUGCGAGGUACUACGGUGGAGGGAGCCAUUGAGGAGAUGUCCUCCCGAAGGGAUCUGAUUUGGCAAACGGCCUCGAAUCUGACCUUCUUCAAGAAGAAACCUGUUUCAAUGGAAGAAGCAUCCUGGGCUUUGGCUGUGAUCAUGCGCCAUGCUCGGGUCGUGCAUCCCUACCAGGACCAACGCGAAACACGAGAUCCCAGAAUGUACAUCUUCCCCUUGGUGGAGCUUCUCCAGGUGGCUUUGAAUCCCAAUCCGGUUGUCUCCAUCGGAUUUCAGGAGGAGAUCAUCAUCGACGGCAAACGCGAAGAAGACGUGGUGCUGCAAAUCGCGCGACGGGACAUGCCAAAAGGAGAAGAGAUCUUUGCAUGGCCCGGCAGGCUGUCCAAUUCCGAGAUGAUCGCACGCCAUGGUUUCAGUUUUCGGGAAAAUCCCGUGGGCAUUGGGCGAAAUCUCUCGCAACCACCCAGUUGGAGUGACAACAAGGAGAGCAAAGGUCGCAAAGAAUACGACCUCUACAACUGCUCCUCUUUGGACGACUUUGAGAUGCGCUUCAGCGAGCGAGGCGUCCCUGCGCGGUCCUUCAUUCGUUGCUACCGCAUCUCGUGGUUUAUCAGCAACGGUUGGUACUCUCCAGCCCUAAAAAAUCGCAUGCGCGAGCUGAACAAGUGGCCCCCACCUGAAAAGUACACGAAAUCGGAUUGGCUGUCGUGGACCCAAGCGGAUGCCGAGUUGAAUCGGGUGAUUCUGGAGUACUGUCAAUAUAUGCGACAGCAACUGAAGGACACCAUGGACGCCAACACGGCGGAGGACUUUCGGCAUUCCAAAGAUCCCACGGAUCGGGUCUUGUGGCACAUGAGAUCUGAGGAGUCGCGAACCUUCAAAAAUUGCGUGGCAAUGUCUAAGAAGAUCCAGUUGUGAGAUAUGUACCAAGGAUGGUUGGAUCUGGUUGGUGGUUUCAUUUUGGUAUUUUCCC